AUACAGGCUUCACGACAGGCUGCCGUGUGGCAUGGAGUAAAGUUAGUUAGCCAUGUCCAUAAAGCUAGGCUACUAAUCAUUUAAGUAUUAGAAUAGCAAAACACCGAUAUUUAGCUUAAAUAUAACGAAAGUAUCUGCUAUCUUGGUAAGAUUUUCAGGGGAGGCUUCUUUGAAAAAUGGAUGUUUUACGACCGACUCUGAUCAACAUCAACGGCAGGAUUUACAGGAGAAAUGUUGUCAAAGAACAACUUUAUCAAGAAGAAGAAGAAGAUGAGGAUUUUUCUUAUUCAGGAUCAGUCACUGCCCAAUGUACAGACGAACCAUGUGACUCGAUCAACGUGGAACAAACCGAGAAAGGCUACCGGUGUGCCCUGGAUGUCCCCAGUGUCCUUUACAAAUACAUUAUUGGAAAGAAAGGAGAGACAAAGAAAAGACUGGAGUCUGAAACACGGACCUCCAUCAACAUUCCCAAGCAAGGAGUGGAGGGACAAAUAGUUAUCACCGGUCAGCAGAAGGCGUCAGUCACGUCUGCAGUGACACGCAUAGAGGUGCUGGUGGAGAGCUUCCGGAGAAAGCAGCCCUUCACGCAUUUCCUGUCCUUCCCUUUGAACCAUCCCCAAAUCCAGGAGCGAUUCCUCAAGUUUAAAGAAGAGGUGUUGGAGCAGUGUUCAGAGGAUCAGGGGGUAGACGGCAGCAUCUUUCAGAACCCAGCCAAGCUUCAUCUGACCGUUGGCACCCUGGCUCUUCUCAAUGACAUGGAAGUGACCAGGGCAUGUGAUCUCCUUCAGCAAUGCCAGGGGUUCAUCCAGGAAAUCACUGGAGGAAAGCCUCUUCCCUUGGAGGUGGUGGGGAUUGAGUACAUGAACGAUGACCCUGCCAUGGUUGAUGUCUUGUAUGCCAAAGUCCAGGUCAAGGAUGGAUCAGACAAGCUACAGGUCAUCGCGGACCGGCUAGUGGAGCACUUUGUCACAGCUGGGCUGAUGGUCAGGGAGUGGGACCGAGUGAAACUGCACGGCACUGUCAUGAACACCCUGUUCAGAAAGGACCCCUCAGCUGAAGACAAGGGCGGUUCAGGGAGGCCAAACAUGAAUCAUCGAGAGGCUUUUGAUGCACGGAGUAUAUUAAAGAGGUUCGGCACGUACCAUUUUGGCGAGUUUGACCUGAAUGCGGUCCAUAUCUCGCAGAGGUUUUCCACAGACUUCUCUGGUUACUACACCUCGUCUGGCCUCAUCACCUUCUCGUGAUGACAUCCGCCUCCGCAGACUCUGACUGGUGAAGGGCUGCGUCGUAUGUCGACCGCUGGGCCGGCAGCUUCCAGCAUGCGUCAGCGAGAGAGAGAGAGAGAGAGAGGGAGAAGGAGAGAGAGAGAGAGAGAGAGAGAACAUUUGCUAUGCAGCGCGUCUCACCAGCUUCCUGUCACCAAGGACUGUGCUGCGCGGCAGGGAGGUGGCCCGGUGGCGUGCUGGGCAGCACAUCCUGUCAGACGCUUCUUUAUUGCACGGAGCGCCAGCAUCCCCCUCUGUUGAACGCAUAGCGCCAGCCCGGGAGAGCAUCCUUUCAGAGCCUUAAUGGGAGACUCAUUCAGAUUCACUGAAUCUCAAAUACAUUCAAAUCUGAGCAGCUGCUUGUCACCCUGAAAUUUUGUGCCAUUUACAUUCUGUAAGAUUUAUUUUCUCUUUGA